GGCAGCCGGGCCGGGGGCGGGCCGUAGGACGGUCGGCAUGUGGCGGGCGCUGCUGGGGGGUUGCCGCGUUGUGCGGGCUCGCUCCGCGCUGCCCGUGGUCGGGGCGGCGGCCGUGAGGGGUACGGGAGGCGGCGGGAUGGCGGCCACGGCGGCGGAGUGGCGGCAGGAGACAGUUCCAGACACACCUCUUCCAAAGUUCAACAUUGACUUUGUUGUAAAGCUGCUGAGGCAAGAGAACGCGAAGGACAUCUGUGUCAUCCGAGUCCCCCCAGAAAUCAAAUACUGUCAUUACUUUAUAGUUGUCAGCGGAUCUUCAACACGGCAUCUCCAUGCAAUGGCACAUUACAUGCUGAAAAUGUACAAGCAUCAGAAAGAAGAAAGCGAUCCUCACACUCGGAUUGAAGGGAAAGAGACAGAUGACUGGCUGUGCAUUGAUUUUGGAAGCAUAGUGGUACACUUCAUGCUGCCAGAAACACGAGAGACUUACGAACUGGAGAAGCUGUGGACUCUAGGUCCUUAUGAUGACCAGUUAGCACAGAUGACUCCACAGUCGCUGCCAGAAGACUUCAUACUGGGACUGACUUCCGAACAGCAGUGAUCAGCUUGUGACAAGAACUUAAUGUCACUGCUGAAGUGCCUGACUAGAAAGAGACACGAGUGUGCCACAGGAGGCACAACAAUAUAACCAUCGCCACAGGCCAUCAGCAUAAACCAGCGUAUCAAACAAGCUACCAGAUUGUCAUAAAAGGACAGUAUCAUUGGGGUCCUUCCUGGAAGAAGGAGGCUCAAUGGAGUUUGCAGUGGGAAGAGUAGGAAGAGACACCUAUUUAAGCUACUUACCCCAAAGCUCAGGCAUGGGCUCUGCAGUGACUUUUUCAGUCUAUGAAAGGCCUGCCUGUGGUGAUAGUGCACACUGAAGCACCUUUCCUGCAAAAUGGCUUGAGUGCUAUAAGAUGAAGCUACAUUAAGUAGUAAAGCUUAAAUGAGGCUUCUUGUUUGAAGUCGGUUGCUUUUGGUUGAGGCGAAGCAAAUUGUGUGCUGGAUUGAAGGAAGAGAGAAAACACAAUGGUGUUGCUGAGCACAUUAAAGCCAAGAGUAGCAGUGACAAAUGUGUCUUGAAUUAACAGAAUAGUAAGUCAGUUCUUCAACCAAGGCCAACCUGUUUUCAAUGAUAAUAAUAAAAACACAACUGAGGAACUUCAA